AUGUUGGCCACACUAAAUUUAGCAUCUACUGUAGAACCCUCCAAGGGGAUAGCAGGGGUGCCCAUCCUUUCCAUCCACCCGCCUCGUGCGAUUGGCUCGGGCCUGCCGUCGCCACGUGAAACGAAACCUACUCUUCCACUUCAGCCUCCACCACCACCACCACCUGCACGACAUCGAUAUGCACAAAUCACCCAUUUCAGCAAUACCACAUCGAAAUUGCGGAACAAAACAUCUUCAAGCCACAGUCGGUGGUCGGAACGAAGCUGUACCACAUGCGGUCAGUGCUGCACAACCACCCGGAUGAUCGCUGCCUACUUAUUUCGACAGAUUCUUCCACGCACCGGUCAACUCAGCCCUACGUACAUCGCUCAUCUUCGUUUUCGAACAAUGGCCCACCUCAAAAUUCAGAGAAUUCCUUCAUCCAACGCUCGAACCGCCCCUUCGCUCUUCUUCCCAGCCCUCGCCUCCCUCAAACCCUCCUCUCUCAUCGCCUCCUCUACCUCCCUACGUCUCAUGGGUGCCUCGUCCUCCCAUCGAAAGGAUUCCAACUUUUCGCUGUCGAGGCCAUCGACCGGCACACUUCUUGACGACAGUGCCGGCGAGGGAGGUCAAAGUCUCCAGUCACGCAAGAAUCUUUCUCAUCCGCGAUCAAGUGCGCCAUGUAGUAAUGGUAUCGAGCUGAAAAAGUGGCAGGGAUGUGCUUUCUUCCAAGUUGGAACUGGCAGACGGCGUGGAGCUGUUGGAAGUUCUCGUCGGCCUUCCUUCGAUCUUGAUCACUUUCUAAAAACUUCUCUUCGAUGGCUUGCUCGAGUUUCCACAGUGCGGGGAUGUCAUCUACCUGACAUCUGCGGGCUUGCUCUAUCAAGCUGGGCUGGUGCCGAGCUGACAUGGUUUCGGAUGACUGGUAGCUUAAGGUAUUCGCUAAAAUACUACUUCGGGUUUGCUGAUGCUGCUUUGUGUCCCACGUCCUCGGGUUCUAUCGCAGCCGCGAGAAUCCUCAUAAAAGGAACAAUCCAAUGUCCGGAUGACCAUUUGGACUCUCGAAGGCAAGACGAGCCGCCUGCGUUGUAG